AUGAACCGUCGAAAGCCGGUCGCAGCCGAUACAAGUGUAGCAAAACGUCCAAAACGAACCAACAACCUUUAUGUACGCCCGGAAAAGAUCCCGUUGGGCACGAUCUUAACCGAUGCGCUGAACAAACCGUGGAAAGUGGGACCAUCGAUCGGGACUGGCGGUUUCGGGGAUAUUUACUGUGCGUAUUGUUUUUCAAAUGCUGCGCCUAAAACAGUCGCCGAGUACCCGAACGUAGUAAAAAUUGAACCGCAUGAAAAUGGUCCGCUGUUUGUUGAAACACACUUUUAUCGGAAAUUCUGUAAAAGUGAGGACAUCGAAAGAUACCGAAAACUGCGUAAGCUAAAGCACCUCGGCAUGCCACUGUACCUUGCCAGCGGAUCGCACAUGCUGAACGAUGUAAAGCAGCGGUUUUUGGUGAUUCCACGAUUCGGUGUAAGUUUGCAGUCCGUGUGUGUGCAGAACGGCAACUGUCUCCCAAUAUCGACUGUGUACCGAGCGGCGUUGCAGAUGCUGGAUGUGCUGGAGUACAUUCACUCGAACCAGUUCGUACAUGCCGAUCUGAAGGGCGAUAACAUUCUAUUUGGGAUGGGUGAUCGUGGACGGGAGCGAUUGUAUCUGGUCGACUUCGGUAUGGCGUGCCGUGUUACGCUGGAAAAUCAGUUUAAGCCAGACCCACGAAAUAAGCACAACGGCACGAUCGAGUACACGUCUCGCGAUGCCCAUCAGGGUGUGAUGACGAUGCGGGGGGAUUUGGAAAUUUUAGCCUACAACCUAAUCGAAUGGGCAGGAGGAAGCCUACCGUGGAAGGAAGAAAAGAUGUUGAAAAAUUGCAACAAAGUGCAACAAAUGAAGGAAGAGCACAUGAGUGAUGUGGGCAAUUUGCUGAAGCAAAGCUUCCGGAAGCAAAUUUCGAUACCGAAGGCGCUGCAACCUUUCCUUGAGUGUGUCAUUGGCCUACGGUACAACGAAAUCCCAAAGUACAGUGUUUGUGCUAAAAUUUUUGACAAAACCCUAAAAACACUGGGACUGACCAACACUGGGGCACUUGAUGUAAGCGUCGCCAACACAACCACCGUUAAUGAUUCGUCAGGGCCAAUGAACAAACCUAAAUCAAGAACGAGAAGAACAUUGGACACUUCGAUAUCGAAUGGCUUAGCGGAUACGGUACCGAACACGCAGGACGAAAUACCGAGCUCAGAAAGCACGCUUACCCCUAGACGAGUCCCGAAAAUGCGUUCUGAUGAGUAUAGUCCUUCGCUGAUAAAACGCUCCAAACAACGCCCGUUGAAUGGGUCAAGAGCGGCCACUAUCCCGGAUACUGUACCGAACACACCGGAAGACGAAGAUGAUUCGCCCGUUCUCUCGCAGAGGAGCAAGCGCAAAAUGGACUUGUCGGAUGCUGCUGGGACAUCGCGUUUGAGGAAUGCUAAAACACCGGUACUGCCCAUUUCACAAGACAUUGCGCUGAUGGAUACCGUGCCCAACACACCGGAGGAAGAUGAGGAAGACGAAGAAGAAGAUGAAGACCUUAUGCCGAAAAGGAAACGAAACCUCAAGCAGGAUUCCAGGGAUGGCAACUCCCGGGCAAGGCAAGCUAAAAGGGUGACUGUUGAAGAACCCACACGUGCGGGAACACGCCGUAAGCCAAAAACUAUCACGGUCAUGCAAAGUGCAUCCUCGCAGGACAUAAACAUACAGAUAAAAACACCGAGGAAGAAACGGGUACGAAACGCCACCUCAGAAUCGCCUAAGGAAAUUACCAUCAAAUUAACGCUAAAUGCGAAUCUUUCAGUAAACUCUAGAGGCAACAAAAAAAACGGACUGGUUGUGGUAAGCGCUUCUCAGCAAAAUAUGUCUCUCGAGUCGAGCAGAAACGAAUCGUUGGAAGCUUCCCAGGAUAUAGUCGAUAUAUCUUCGACAACGGAGGAUAACAACGCAUCUCGUAACAUGUUUGACGAUUACUAA